AUGGCACCUGUGGUGCAAGAACUCACCUUGACCAUAACCGAGGCGACUUCAACAUUCGUGACGGUUUUUCCUGUUGGCAGUGAUCAAGCUCGGACUACAGUGAACUAUGUCACUCAGACAUUGACUUACCCUACUACAACGAUCGUUGUAGUCGAUAUUGCGUCAACUCCGACUAGCACACCGUCGAACUCUCCUGACGCGCAGGGAGGACUCACAGGACCAGAAAAGGGCGCUAUUGCUGGUGAGAAAUCGUCCAUAGGGGGCUACCUUCCUCCAGAUUUGGAAGUCUUGGAGGUUCAGCCCACCUCCAUUUCGAAUGUGAAUGUGGGGUCGAACAAAUUUUUUACAAAGCCCAAUCAACCUGUGGCGGAGAUUGCUCCAAGAUCAGUGCCGACGAGGCCAGUUGACAAGACUGUGCAAAUAGUUGACGCGGGAAAUCAGCCAUCUGGCAGAAAUUAUAAGGAGACCACGACUAAGAAGAACUCACAGCCCUCCACGGGCGCACCUGCACCCAACAACGAUAAUGCAUCUUCAAAGACAGAGCCAUCUUUGAAGAGAGAGCAACCUCCGGAAAAGGAGACACCUUCGAAAACAGUGCAACCUUCGAAAAAAGAGACAUCUUCAAAGACAGACGAACCUUCAAAGAUAGAGAAACCUUCAAAGACAGACGAACCUUCAAAGACAGACGAACCUUCAAAGACAGACGAACCUUCAAGGACAGACGAACCUUCAAGGACAGACGAACCUUCAAAGACAGACGAACCUUCAAAGACAGACGAACCUUCAAAGACAGACGAACCUUCAAAGACAGACGAACCUUCAAGGACAGACGAACCUUCAAAGACAGACGAACCUUCAAGGACAGACGAACCUUCAAAGACAGACGAACCUUCAAAGACAGACGAACCUUCAAAGACAGACGAACCUUCAAAGAUAGAGGAACCUUCAAAGACGAAAUUACCUCAAGAUCUCAACGAGCAAGAGAGCCCAAAAACAAACCCUUCUCCUGAUGAACAGAAAUCCCAACCUAAGUCGCCAGACGGCUCGACUGAAUCUCUUCCGACAACUAAUCCUCUACCAUCCAACCAUUCCGCCCACUCUAGUGACAAGUCCUCCCCAGAUACUCAGUUGGAUCCGCCUCAACCAACACCAACGAAACCGAGAAAAUAUCCUUCGCCACCGCCGACUCCCCCUCGCCCUCAAUUGAUCGAGAUUCGUAGCCCUCAGACACAAGAUUUACCGGCCUUAUACAAGAGGAGUCUUGGAUAUACCGACACUACAAGACUUACCAGAGACGAUCCGUCGAGGCCCGGGAUUUUCUUAGCCUUCGGCACGAAGAGGCAAAAGCACUAA